CGAUCGUGUCCAGUAGAACUCGAGUGGCCGACUUAGUAGCAUCGUGUACUUCGUGUGGGUUUUAUUUUUCCUCUUUGUUUUAUUCCGCGAUCUAUCAUGACUCAGAAGAAGAACAGGUUCUUCUGGUGCGCGGUGCUGCUGAUAAGCCUCGCUUUCAGUGGGGAAUCCCUAGCCGCUCGGAGGCGACCUGUUGGAUCUCGCAAUGCAGAGAUUGAGCCGAUGCCGGAACCAACGCAGGACGAUGAGUUCGAUUGGAAGCUGAUAAAGACAAUCUUCUCCAGAAGCCCUGGAAAUGUUGCAGUGUCAACGUUUUCCGCCAAAUAUCUGCUAAACAUGCUGUACGAAGGAACCAGUGCUCGUACGCAAACCCAGCAGGAGUUGAGUGGCCAUCUUGGACGGGACGCGGGCGUAAACCCAGCCCCUCCGUCGAUCGUGAAUACAAUGGGCGCCAUCCAGACAAAUCCCGAUCAGCUGAUCUCCGCCAGUAGAAUCUUUGCCGACGAACAGGUUUCAGUGACGCAAAAGUUCACCUCUACCGUUAGCAUGAUCUACAACUCCAGCGUAGAGAACGUCAACUUCCAGCAGGGUCCCCAGGCCGCUCAGACCAUCAACCGAUGGGUGUCAGAGGGCACUCGUGGAUUGAUUCCUGAACUCGUUACUCCCCAAAGCAUCACAGGAUCGAUUUUGCUUCUGGCAAACACCAUCUACUUCAAAGGCCUGUGGACCCACAUCUUCCCGGAAGCUGCCACAGCAACGCAACCCUUUAAUACCGGCGACGGCCGCACAGUUCAGGUUCCGUUCAUGAAGCAGAUCGUCGAUCACUACUACUCCGAACCACCCCAGCUGAACGCCAAGGUCCUUCGACUUCCGUACGUCAACGGGCGCUUCUCGAUGAUCUUGAUCCUGCCGAACGAAGGUAGCAACUUGAACCAACUACUGACCGCCCUGUCAGCCGAUUCCAUCCACCAAGCCAUCAAAACGAUGGAAGAAACGGAAGUCAAGCUAGAGCUGCCUCGGUUCAAAAUCGAUCACUCAACCUCGCUCAAAGAAGACCUUCAGCAGCUCGGAAUCAACCGCAUCUUCCAGGACAACGCCGAGCUGGGUGGAAUCUCUCGCGGGGGUCAACUGCCGGUGAAGGUCUCGGACGUGUUCCAGAAGACGGUUAUCGUCGUAGAUGAAACCGGAAGCACGGCAUCGUCAGCAUCCGGAUCGUCGCUGGUGUUUACCAUCGCAACCGAACCGGAGCGUUUUGUGGCGGAUCGACCGUUUUUGUUCUUCAUCGAGGAGGAAUCCACCGGGACGGUGCUGUUUGCGGGCAAAGUGGAGGAUCCGUCACAGUGAGGAGUGUUGGUUAUGAUUUUAUGGGAAGUGAUUAUUAAAAUUAUUUUUAUCUCUGUUGAACAGGAAUCCGAAUAAAAUAUAUGCUAGGAAAUGAAUAUCCGUUAUGGUUGUUUAAUA